ACAGUAGCCGAGAAUCCUGGGCUGGGAAAAGUAAUAGAUAUUCGAAAAGUCAACUUACUGGCCGACUUCCAGGAGCAAGAGAACAGGAUCUUUGAGGAGUUCCCCCCGAAAUGUCUCGUAAAGAAAACUUUGAAGUCUUCAAGCAGCCACUUCGAAUAUUACGCAAAUACCAAGGAAUUUUAUAAAUCACUUGCCACCCAGUCAAGCUUGAGCGCCUCUUUGCAGUCCGCCUACUCGUUGGGUGUUACGGUAUCAGUAGCAACAAAGAGCAAGAGUUCACAGAACACGGAAGUGAGUGGCAUGUCUUUAAUCAAGCAGGCGUUAACAGAAAAGGUCUAUGUCGAUAAAGAAUGUCUUCUGAAUGACAUCACCAGCUUGAAGAAAACAUUCCUGAGUGACCUGGAGGACUUGCCCGUAAACAUCCAAAAUCCUUGGGAACCAAACUCAUGGAGAGAGUAUCGUAAUUUUCUUAAGGAAUACGGCUCUCAUGCCAUAACAUCUGUGAAGCGCGGAUCAAGAUUUCAGCAGAUGACAUUCGCAGAGAGCUCGAAGGCUUACACUGAAAGAGAUUUCCAAGUAAAAGCUUGCGUUUCGGUCGCAGGACCUUCCCAGGUUGGAAAGGUUGGCGUCUCUGCAUGUUCAAACGUGAGCCAAAGUGAGAUAUCCAAAGCGAGCAGGAUGAGCACAAGCGAGAAACGCUUUGUCAAAGGUGGAAAAAGGGAAACAAAUAGCAAGCUGGCAAACGGGGCGACGUCGGUUGAAUUGCUUGGCCAACUAAUGAAUGAAGCAGAUGAAUUGCCCGCGUCUGUUCAGCACACCUUCAUGGCGAUCUGGACCAUCCUACAGAGCCGAUUUAAACAGGGGUCUCCUAACAAUAUCCGAGCCACAAACCUUGAGUACUACUAUCUUGGGUUCUUGAAUUAUGGUUGUCCAUACAUAAGUAGCUCUGGACUUGCCGUACAAAAGUUUGACCAUACCAGUAGCUCCAGAGAGAAGUAUCCAGAAUUCGAGUGUACCCUGGCAAAAGAGGGCUGCCACAGUGACGAUGACUGUCACUACAGACCCAUUUGGUGCUCCUGUCGUGGUCCAACAUGUGUCCAUUACAAGUCAGUGAAACAAGGUGCAGGUGAAAGUAAGGUAACUGCAUACCCAAACACAUUUGAAGAUUGGGGGUGGCGUGGUUGCGAUUGGAAACUUGCGGGAUCUUGGUGCAAGUGCUAUAAUGAAAAUCGUGAUCAGCGGAAAACUGUGUGGUCCUUGCCAAACAGAGAUGCCCCUACACAUAAAGCAUCAACCAAAUCUGCUGACAAGAAAGGCAGAAGAUUAAUGUCUCCAAAGUACACCGCUGGAAAAUAGAAAUGAAAACGAAUGAAACUUUAAUUUUGGUGCACUUAGAUAAAUUACGUAAUCGUUGAAAUUUUUCACGCUUAAGUUAGGACUAUGCUUGUGUCUCAUUGUGUUUGAAUAAAGGAUUAAAUGGGUACAUGUCACUACCUUUGAUAGCAACCUCGCCCUGUUUGUGUAGAGAUCGUACUGAAAAGCUUUUUCCCGGGAAUGAGAGAGAAAGACAAAAACAACUACUCUUAGAAUGUAAUAUCGAUUAAGAUUGAUCUAAAGUCUCAUCCAGGUUAGCCGAAUUGAAUGUUUCGUAAAAGAGACCAUAAAGCCUAAGUUAGAUCCAGAAUGGAUUUUCCAUCUUCUAUUUGGAUCCUUUCAACCUGGAAAUUGCUGAAAGCACUUAAGGGCCCAAGAAAACCGAGCCUUAUUUUGUUUUGAAAUUUUUCUUCAGUUAAAAUUGGUUUGUAAAACAUUCAGAAAGGCUGAACUUUGCCUAUAAGUAUUAUAAUUUCAUCGACGGGGAAUAUCUUUUAGCAGGGCUGGUUUCAUUGCUUUAGCGUCGUGGUACAAAAUUAAAAUUUCAUUCAGCUGAUUCGUGCGAUCUACAGUCAAUUCAUGCUAACGGAACACUGAAAUGGCUUCCCACGAAAUUGUGCAAUAGCGUGCGUUUUUGACCUUCCUAGUGAAAGAAAAUUUUGCCCUUAAUAUUGUAAACAAUAAGUCGCAUGUUUCCUCGUAAACGUAAGGAAAUAUAUCUUAAAUUAUCCUGCGGGACUCGGGCAAUUUCCUCAACUUCGGAAAACUCAAGUAUUAUUUGUGUAAAGUUUACUCAGCCCAUGCGAUUACUUCUACAAAUUCAUUCUUUUCAUUCCUCCCUUUCAGUUUAUUUUCGAGGUCAUAAGCUCGCAGCAAUUUAGUUGAUUAUUAGUUUUUUCUUUUUCUUAUCUUCUUGUUUAGUGAUUGCGAUCUAUGAAAUAAUCGGGCGUCUAUUAACGAUUUUUACCCAGUGCGGCACAAAAAGGAAAGAUGCUAAGACUAAUGUGUAAAGAAAGUUUGAGUGGUAAUUGUGAACUGACAACAGUAGUUGACCGAAAAAGCAGGCCGUGACGAACGCUGAAUAUACCGUUAAAAGUCUUAUUAUUUACGUGGCACAUCGUUACUAAUAACAUAAUAACAAAGGAUCUAAAAGAAGAAAGGAAAUUCAUUUUGGAUCUGGUUAGAUACUGACAAACAAAAAAAGGUCUCAAGAACUUAUAUAAUUAAACUACGACAGGAAUAGGUAAAGAAUACAACUGUUUAACAAGAAUUACUGGUGAAGCAUAAACAUCGUAAAUUUCUUUAUACAGGUAAAACAGUAUCAGCAGUACCUGUGAAUAUAAUGUGAUAACAAUUAGGUUGUAAAAUUCCAUCUUAUCGAAAAGAAACACGGUGAUGUCAUACCUGCAUCACAAAGUUCAUUUAGAAAUGAACUAUUCGGGGGAAAAAUUUUUUGGUUAACAUAACAGAGGAACUAAAAGCAACUGAUGGAAAUAGACAUGCUCCAUAAAAAAUUUCCUAUUGGUUUUUAUUUGACAUCUGAAAACGAGCCAAAAACACCCUGUCUACAACAACCAGUUAUGAUUCGACUCGCGGACGAACGAUGUAGCGAAAUAGGUGACUAAUCAAACAAGCAGGCGGCAUUUCAUAGAUUAAUUCAACCGAAAAGAAAACCAAUGUAGUUUGCAAUAAUAAAAGUGGACGUAGAACAGACUUAAGGACUCACUGUAUAUUACUCCUAUCGUUUUGCACACGUUUUUGUUGUUGUUUGUCUUGGAGCAUCAUAUUUUGUUUUCUAGUUCAUAGAUAAAUUCUUAAUUAUGUUGCGUAUUUGUAGUUAAUAGAUUGUUCACAAUGGUCUACACUACCUAGCUUGAUCUUUCCUGUUUCCUUUUAUAAAUUUAUUUUCAUGAUGGUACGGAUUCACGUUCCAGAAAAAGCGUUUUUGGAAAGAACAAUUUCCUACCCGCAUUACUUCCCUCUAAAGGCCACCUCUCUACAAUGGCCAUUUUCCUCCGUUCAAGGUGGCCGCUAUAGAAAGGUUAGACUGUACUUCAAUUAUUAACAGAAUGUUAAAUGGACUAUUUUGUAAAACAGGUCAUAAUUUUACAGUCAAGUUACAUGAAAUUAAAACACGGCUUCUUGCCCAAAAUAGCCGGUUUAGAUUUUCCCGAUCUGUCGAAUUCUUGAUUGGUGAAAUUAGUGGAACUAAACGCUUUCUGGUGAAAUCCAUCACGUUAACAAAUACGGAUUUCUUCGCGGUCAUUUAAUUAUUAAUUCCGUCAGUCACGUAUGCUUUUGUCAGAUAUCAAUUUAAACCACAUUUUGGACAGCUUGAAGACUGAAAAGUGCACGAAGCAGGGGGAUACCAGCAAAACUAACUCAUAGAGUACCAUGAACUGGUGGAGUUCUGUUGUCACCAUUGCACCUUUUAACCAAUCAGCCACCUACAUGCAAAUAAUCCCAUGAGCUCUGACUCCUAAAUUAAGGUACACUUUAUCCUUUACAAGACAAAUGUAUCUCUUCACAUCGACUCAUUAUAGAGAUCACGGGAUAGUGCAUUGGAAGACACCAAAAGGUACGUAGGUAGGAAAGUUACCCAAAGGCACUUUUAUAAUAGUUAAGAACUACUCCUCUACCUAAUUUAAUUGUCGAUUUUUUUUUAGAUUUACAACAUAAAAAUGUUUGCCUGAAGUAAAAAAUCUCACGUUGCCCCUUGAAUAAAAACGAACACGAUCAAGAAAAUUUAGUUUCCGUGUAUAGAAUAAUUUCUUAUAGAAAACAUAAAAAAUUUUUAGUACUUCAAAUUGGGAGUGCGAACAAUAAAAACUCGCUUUUAACAAAUACAUGCGUGAAUCCAAAAGGUUUAUCACAAAACACUUUUUUUGUUUUAAGAGGUUUCAUUAGUUUCAUUCCAAGUUGAAAUUCUUACUGUGUUACUAUUGAUGAAUCGAUAUUCAACUUUCAGGCAUUUUUAAAUGAAAGAGUCCCUGUCCUAUUUGACGCCUAUAGCAGGGUCAAAGAAUGUGGUCGGCUACGGGAGAUAAAAAACAAAGUUUUUUUUUCCAUAAGAACGAGACCUUUUAACUUAAGUGAAAACACUCGUAAUAUUUGGUAUCUUGCCAAAAUAAGAGGACAAGAAGGGUACUUAAACAAGGUGACCAUUGACAAAUGGCGAUCGGCGCAGAAAAUGCUGAUUCAUCGUGUGGUUUAAACUUCCGGCUGAGGGAAGUCUUGAGAAGGGCUACAAAGUUGUCGGCAAUAGUCACAGGCGGUAGUAAUCAUCAGAAUUAAGUGAGAAGCUGUUAUCAGUCGAGCGUUUAAAGUCCGGUUCAUGUAAGCUGAUUGGUCAGUUUGUUAUUGGCAAUGAUACUCAAGUCGUUUAGGUCGGUCGUGAUUGGUCAGUUUUGGUUCGUCGGCAAUACUAGGUAGUUCUGUUCGGUUUGGUCACUUUCUACGAAUUCGUGUUCUUUUCGUGUUAUUUUAAUUAGCCUCUGAAAUUCUCAGAGUGGGUUUUGAAACUAGGGGCUAAUUUAGUUUUAUCAACUGAGUUGAAAAGGUAAAUUGGCUACCGCAAAAAGAGUUCAUAGGCUAAAUAACCCUCGGUUUUGAAAUGACCAACAGGCCAUUUCAAAGCAGAUAACAUGUUCAAAGUCAUGCAAACUGUUCGUUUGAGUAUCAUUAUUUUUGAAAGAUAUUCAUCCACAAUUUUGACGGCUUGUAAGGGUGCAAUCUUUCUCAAGAGAAUCUUGGUAAAAUGAUCUGAUCAAAUUGGCGUGUACUCAACGCUUUUGCUUAAUUAUUCGUUAACGCCUUUGAGUGAAAAUUCAGAGACAAGCUUCCCGUUUAAAGAUAUCUCGAAAACUAGUUAAAAAUGGAAUUUUCGUCUUAGGGCCACUAAAUUGGAAAAAAAAAUGCGAUCUUAAAAUUAGAAAAAGGAAAUUCUCUGAAACCCAGGGAGUACAUACUGUAAAACUAUUUACUACACCACAUGAACAAAAGAAAGAAAGAAAAAUAAUGACAAAAAAAGUAGAAGGAGUGCUUCAUUACACCACUCAAGAAAAGAUGACUAGGUAAAAGCGAUUAAAACUCGCUAUACAGAAAUGUGCGAAACUUAAUUAACUUAGGUCUGAUCAAAUUCUGAAGGAUCUUCAGAGCAUUAGAGAUAUCAAGAACUUUAAGAAAAUAUUAUGUAACAGUAUAUCUAAUGAUUAGACACCAUUGGCUUUUCGUUAUUAAUUAUGAUUAUAAAUUAUGAUUGUAAUUACUGUAGAGGGAGACCCCAUAAUGUGUAUGUAAGUAUGCAUGCAGAUUCGCUACUGCAACAGAAACUGAAGACUACUUAGCUGCUCUGAGAGAUUUACGUUACGUUGCACUAUAUUAACUUAGCACACGUUACGCUAGGGAAAGAUGAUAAGGAGGAGUCUCCAUAGGUAACAGUAGUUUAUCAAGAGAACGUUGGUUGGUGGUGUAACUUCAUCGCGGUGUUGAUUGGAGGUGAUACCAGUUUCAAACAUGAUAUAUGAAUACAAUUUCACAGUCGACAAUUUUCUCAACAGUCUGGUCCACGUCUAUUAUUCAGCAUAUAGGUAGAUUACUCUAGUUUCUAGAUUUCUAAGCCUCAACUGUGCUAAUCUUCCUUUGCAGAUUGAACUAACUCUGAUAACAUUUUUUCGAGUGAAAACUGCAGCCAUGUUUCUCCUUAUUAUAAUGGUUAUGUACCUGACAGCCAUUUCUUCUGCCCAAGAAGUUAAAGGAAACAAACGAACCGAAGCCACAAAGGAAACAGCAGAGCUUGGAAAAGCGUUAAACCUUCACAAGACCAACAUAUUAGAAGAUUUCAAGGAACGCGAAGCAAGUAUUUUUGAGCCUUUCCCUGAAGAAUGCUUCAAAAAAGAAAAGCUUAACAUCUCCAAAAGUUAUUACAAUUAUUAUGAAAGUACCAAGGCGUUUUACUCAAAGUUGGCCACAUCAACAGGCUUGGAUGUCUCGCUGGAAUCGACUUAUUCCCUGGGAGUUACACUGAAUAGUGUAACAAAGAGAACAAAUUCAAAAGAAUCGAAUUUGAGCGGCAUCUCUCUAGUAGUCGAAGCAUUAGUUAAAAAGCUUCGCCUAAGCAAAGACUGUUUAAACGAUGACAACCACAACUUUAAGAAGAGCUUUAUUGCUGACCUAGAGCGACUUCCGUUGAAAAUAAAUCGGCCCUGGUUGCAAAAUUCAUGGCGGUCCUACCAUGAUUUCCUAGAAGAGUACGGCUCCCACGUUGUUACUUCCGUUUUGCGUGGAUCAAGGAUCAAACAGAUGUCAUUUACACGAAGUUCAAAAAGCUACAGUGAAAGAGAGCUACAGGUCAAAGCCUGCGUUUCCUUAGCUGGAACUAUAUCCGCUGGAAAUAUUGGUGUGUCUGCAUGCACCAAUGUCACCAAAAGCGAGUCGUAUAAAGCGUACCAGAUGAGCACCACUGAUAAGCGGAUCGUUCGAGGGGGAAGCAGCGCCACUCGUAAUAAGCUGUUACACGACAUGUCGAAGGAACUUAUCGAGAGACUUAUGAAUGAAGCUAGUGAAACCCAUUCGUCUGUUCAGCACACCUUUAGAGCGGUGUGGCAAAUCUUACAGAGCCGUUUUACCUCAGGUUCACCAAACUACGUCAGAGCCUUAAACCUUCAGUACUACUAUCUCGGAUACUUGAACUAUGGUUGUCAUUAUCAAGAAAGAAGAGGACUUGCCUUUCAGAAAUUCGACUACACAAAACGUACUUCCGACAACUAUCCGGAAUUCGAGUGUUCAUUGGCUAGAGGAGGUUGUCACAGUGACAAUGACUGCCACUACAGACCGGUUUGGUGUGCGUGUCGUGGCGAGACGUGUGUUCGCUACGUGAAAGAGAAACAAGAUACAGGUGUGUCAAAAGUAAAAGCAACUCCAAACAUCGGUUCCUGGGGUGAUAUGGGAUGGCACGGUUGUGAUUGGAGAGUCUGGGCGUCUUAUUGUGCUUGCUAUAACUAUGAUAGACAUGUGAGGAGGGUCGUGUGGUCUUUGCCCAGCAGAGAUGUCGCAUCAGACAAACUCCUUAUUCAUCAUAGCGACCAUCACAAAGCUAAGCAUCAAGGGCUGAUUAAAGAGGAAGGGAGUGCUGAAAAAUCGUAACAAUGAGAUAUAUUGUAAGCAGAAACAUAACGGUGAAUUGUCAAUCGUUUAAAUUUGAUUGCAUCGAUGCAGAUUGAAAUUAAGGACUGAAUAUCUUAAAGCAAUUUUAAGUUAAUGUCGUAAAAAGGUUUGUGGUUAUUUAUAGUGGUUAAAAAUAUUAAAUUAAAACAAAAGAAACAACUGGUGUCACACUUACAAUGGAAAAAAUUUGAAACUUCCUCAGAAAUCCGUCAAAGAAAAAAAAAGUAAAGUAAAGGAAAACUCGAAAUUUUCGAAGACAAAGCUCAUUUAAAUACGGCCAACUGUUUUAAUGAAGAUUAUAAAUAAUUUUGAAACUGAAAUGGUUAUUAUUUAGUUUUUUGAAGGAUCCAGCAUUGACUAAAUACAUCAAUCGAUCCGUCGAAAGAAAUAAUUUAAUAUUCGUUCUAGACUCGGCUAUUUUUCGACUAAGUAUCAUAUGUUAUAAUAUGAUUCUCGCGUUGAGCUGUGUAACAUAAAUGUCGGCUUUUUUUCGUAAUUCUGUAGUCUUAAAUAAACUCAUUAUGGUUUCCCGGUGAAAGAGAAUGAUGAACUGGUGUAGGCUUGUUUUCACCAUUAAACAUUUUAACCUAUCAGCUCCAUACAUCUUAUUCUCUCUUUCACCUGUCACACCUAAAUUAAGCUUUGUUUGUGAUUUGUAAAAGCAACACGCAACCCACUAAAUCGAAACAUUACAGAUACUUCGGUGUAUUGGAAAGAAUAUGCGAAACUUUCUAAAACGAAUCCCGGCUUUGGUAUAUUUAGGUGUUUAUCUGUAAUACUGUUACUCUUUAUCACUCUUCAGCUUCAUUAAGCUGUCUCAGUUUGUGGACUGAAAGGAUUCUUUAAAAUUGGCAAUGCGUAUUUUAAAAACUAAUCUUGCACAAUUGCACCAAAUAAAUUAUGCGAAAAAUAUUUUUGCUGUUUCAAGUGGUUUGAGUCGUUGCAUGACAAGUUAUAAUACUAGCACUCCCAUUACUGAUGAAUAUAUAUAUUCCACAAGGGGGAAAAAUCAUCGCUAAGUCGGGAUUGAAAGCUGACAGCGAAAAAAAAAAAACACUUAACUGGCAAACAUUUUUUGAGAGAGGACCUCGAACCUUUCUAACUCCAUUUAACUGGCCACGUUUAAUGCGUCUGCAGUUGGUUUAGAGAUUAGCGAACGAUAAUUAUUUUCGCACGUUAUCACAGGGAUUUUUUUUGUAACAAACUCCGUAGUAAGGAUCUGACAGAGAAGUACCAUAACUUCAUCUCUGGAGCACCAAAACUGCCUCGGGCCAUAUUCCAACACGGCACUGGAAAGGAAAGGAGUGGCCUCACGUAAGAGCCUUAGCCCUGUAAUAGUGAUACCUUUGUAUCUUUAACGAACGUAAAAAUUUAAUCUCUUUAUUGACUUAAAUAAAAAUCAACAUUAAUGUGGCAGGUAGAUUUUCCCUCAUUCAAGUUUUCUUCCCACUUUUUUCUUCACAUUUUGAUAGUAAUUAGUUUAUGUUCUGAGUAAAAGGUCCAUUCCAACCUUUGCCAAUAUGGAUCCGCUAAUCGGUCUUCAAGUUUAGAUAAAACUUAUAUUAUCAUUCUUAUUUUUAUAAUCCUUGUUAUCAUUAUUAGUAUCAUCAUCAUCUUUGGGACAAUCAUCAUUAUAAUCCUCGUAAUAAGCAUAGACGAAUAAGAUUCCCCGUCACCAAAACAGGGGAGGGUAUAUUUUUCUCUAACUUAGAUUUAUUUUCUACUUAAGCUAAAAGUUUCCUCGAAUAGGUUCGAUAUGGUAAAAUUGGUCAAAUUGGUAAUAAGUUGACCUUACAGGUGCGUACCUGUUCUCUUUCCUUAAAUCAUUUAAUCAUCAGGUUACUAAGUUAGGAACGCUUUUGGCACAUAUCAAUUAAAAGUCCACUUUGAAGACUAACAGAGUAUAACGCAGGCCACGGUAGCACUACAGAACUUACUCAUAUGUGUUGAUAAACUGGUGGAACAUUAAACCUUUUAACCUCUGAAUUGCCUACAUGCAACUAUUAUGUGACCUAUGACUCCUAAAUUAAGCUUGGUUCCAUCUUUUAAAGCCAAACAUAUAUCAUAUCAACCACAAAUUACAGAUUCUAACAUUCUAACAGGAAGAACUGGAAGAUUCGACCCCAUAGGGUGGGUAGAUAGCAACGCUACAUGAGAGAUCCUAAAAAUAAACUAAAUCAUGCUGCCAUACUUUAAAGUAACUAAGUUUCACUUGUUGUUGAUAUUGGUUGUUUUGCCGAAUACAAGCCUCAGGUUACUAAGUAAAUAGGCAUAAAAUUUGAAAAUUUCGGAUUUGAAAAGUACACCCCAAAUCCCAAAGGCUAUUUAGGAAAAACAUGUUACUUUACUAAGAGAUCUAAGUGCAACAGUAGCAGUGUUACAACUGAUGGACAUUCUACUUAAAGGCAUAUAGUACUGAGCGUCGUAACCAAAUUGAGGCCCGCAAUAUGGUUAAAGAAAGUCACUUGGUCGGAUAUGGGGUUCAAAAACAAAGGAUUAUUUGAGAUUGCAAGGGUGGGCUUCGGAACUGCCUGUCGGUUCAGAGUCAACAUACAGACUGUUCGUUCCAGGUCUCAUUAUUUCUCAAGGAAAUUCAUCUACAAUGUUGACGGUUUUUAAGGGUGCACCCUUUAUAAAGAGAAUCUUGGUACUUAAAGAACUGACCAGACUGACGUGUUGUAAACAGUUCCGUUUACAAUUCAAAAGGUUCUUUGAGUGGAAAUUCACAAACAAGCUUCCUGUUUAAAGAUAUUUCGAAUCCAGUCUUAUUCAGUUGGAAAUUUAAAAGCUGGAAUUCAAACCAGUUAAAAAUAUGAUGUUUGACUUCAAGCCAAUGAAUUUGAACCAAACGUGCAAACUUUAAAAUAGACAAAAGCAAAUUUAUAGUAAACGCCACUGAAAAGGAGGCAACUUAUAAAUAAACUCGAAAGAGUGCUUCAUUGUAAAGCUCAAAAAUUACUUGAAGUGGUAAGUAAAGAAACAUUCGUCAUUAAAUUACAGAAUCAUUUAAAGCUUGGAGUGAAAUAUAGAGGCUUAAGUCAACGUUCGUCGUAGGCCCCUUCAUUCAAGAAACAGUUUCUAAAAUUUAAAACCUUUGAAAAAGCUAUCGUUUUUAAACUACCGGUUCGUUGACAAGAACUUACGAGAAGUCCAAGCAGUGCUACAAUACAACUUAACUGACACACGAGGGUGUGUUUUUGUUUUGGAUGCCCUUGCGUUAUUUCAAUUAUUAUAAGAAUGAUCAUCAUUUAGUCUUUAAUAGGGAACGCCCUUCGUCCAAUACAGUUCUAUCUGAUGAGUCUGCCUCAGUCUUAGCACAGAGCGUUGUUGAGCUUUUCGAGGUGAUAAGCACAGGUUGAAACUCAUUACAAGUCAUUCAAUACCCAAUUUAGAGGACGUCUUUCAUGUAACACAAACAAAUUUGACAUACAUUUGUACCUUUAACCUACCACUGAUUCGAAGUCACUUCCGAAAGGUCUUUGUUACGGGGAAAUGAUCACCGAUAUCUUACUAACAGCUUAAAAAUGCUAGCUUAUUAUUUAUUUUUCGUUUGUGCCAAAAAAAAACGGUUUAACUGAAAUUUUAUGUAUCCACUAAAACACUUCCUUAAUCGCCUCAUGUUACAUACGUUUUGGUCCCGUUCUGUGGCCACUUUCCAUAGUUAUUAUGCAUUUUUUUCCCGCCGAUUGUAAUUCGAAAAGCUGAAUAAUGCAUGUCCCUUUGGUACUUCUUGUUUUUGUGUUAUGCACAUUUAAAAGAAACAUGUGAGGCUACAAUAGCCGAGAAUUCUGGGCUGGGAAAAGUGAUAGAUCUUCGAAAGGUCAACUUACUGGACGACUUCCAGGAGAAAGAGAACAGGAUCUUUAAGGAGUUCCCCCCGAAAUGUCUCGUAAAGAAAACUUUAAAGUCUUCAAGCAGCCACUUCGAAUAUUAUGCAAAUACCAAGGAAUUUUAUACAUCACUUGCCACCCAGUCAAGCUUGAGCGCCUCUUUACAGUCCGCCUACUCGUUGGGUGUUACGGUAUCAGUAGCAAAAAACAGCAAAAGUUCACAGAGCACAGAAGUGAGUGGCAUGUCUUUAAUCAAGCAGGCGUUAACAGAAAAGGUCUAUGUCAAUAAAGAAUGCCUUCUGGAUGACAUCACCAGCUUGAAGGAAACAUUUCUGAGUGAUCUGGAGGACUUACCCGUAAACACCCAAAAUCCCUGGGAACCAAACUCAUGGAGAGAGUACCGUAAUUUUCUUAAGGAAUACGGCUCUCAUGCCAUAACGUCUGUGAAGCGCGGAUCAAGAUUUCAGCAAAUGACAUUCGCAGAGAGCUCUAAGGCUAACACUGAAAGAGAUUUCCACGUAAAAGCUUGCAUUUCGGUCGCAGGACCUACCCAGGUUGGAAAGGUUGGCGUCUCUGCAUGCUCAAACGUAAGCCAAAGUGAGAUAUCCAAAGCGAGCAAGAUGAGAACAAGCAAGAAACGCUUUGUCAAAGGUGGAAAAAGGGAAACAAAUAGCAAGCUGGCAAACGGGGCGACGUCGGUUGAAUUGCUUGGCCAACUCAUAAAUGAAGCAGAUGAAUUUCCAGCAUCUGUUCAGCACACCGUUCAUGGCGAUCUGGACCAUCUACCUUGGUUCCUUGAAUGGUUGAAAUGUUGUCCCUUCAUAAGUAGCUCAGGACUUGCCGCACAAAAGUUUGACCAUACCAGUAGCUUCAGCAAGGAGUAUCCAGAAUUCGAGUGUACCCUGGCAAAAGAGGGCUGCCACACCGACGAUGACUGUGACUACAAACCCAUGUGGUGCUCCUGUCGUGGUCCAACAUGUGUCCAUUACAAGUCAGUGAAACAAGGUGCAGGUGACACUAAGGUAACUGCAUACCCAAAUACAUUUGAAGAUUGGGGGUGGCAUGGUUGCGAUUGGAAACUCGCGGAAUCUUGGUGCAAGUGCUAUAAUGAAAAUCGUGAUCAGCGGAAAACUGUGUUGUCCUUGCCAAACAGAGAUACCACUACACAUAAAGCAUCA